AUAUUACAUAUACUCCAUUAACGGAAUGUCGCAACGUUUUUAAUCAUAAACUCAACUAUGGUGAAAAUAUAUUAUUCGAUAGGAUUAGGAAAAUAAAGAGAGAAACAGGGAGAUAAGAUAAGAAAUAUCUUCAAUGGCAAGUUGGCGUGGCGUAAUCAGCAGAGCGAAUUAUAGUUCGUUGGUUUAAUGUCAAUCUGCAGUCUAUGAGUAUCAGCCGGCCAAUCACACUCGCAACAAAUCAUUCAGUCCAGAUGUUACUGAAAUAACAGAACGUUACUGGUAACACGUUAUCCUGGUAUUAUGUUACCAACGAAUAACGUUGUUACUGACACUAAUACGUUAUAUUAUACCGCCCACAACACUUGUUGAGUGUUGACAAUUGUUACUUGUUUGUGAGGUUAUAGAGUUAGUUUUAGGGGACGCAAUGGACUCACUUCCAUUGGAAGCAUUGGAGGUAGUUGCAGAGCACCUGACACCCUCCGAGCUGGCAGCAUGUUGUGCCGUCAGUAUAGGCUGGAGGGAUGCCUUCAACCAGGACAGAUUGUGGAAGCCACAUUGUAACAAGGACACAGCAAAGUACCUAGAGACUGCGGAGUGUAGAGUGGAGCCGAGGUUUGAGUCUCCGGAAUCGGAGGACAGCACGCUGAAUCCUAUCUGUUGCUGGCGGAUGUCUUACUUGCGAGAGACCCACCUGCAGAACAACUGGAGGCAUGGUAGAUCCAUCAAGGACAAAGUACAUAUCACAGAGAACUUACAAGACUCGUUCUACUUCUUUGUCUCUGACGAUUAUGUACUCGUGUCAAGUGAAAGAAAAGUUAUGUUGUGGAACGUUAGAGGUUCUCCAGUUUAUGUAAGAGACCCAAUGAAUUUACUAUUUGAAUCAGAAGGGUACAUGUUCGUACAAAUGAUCAACCCCAACAUUAUGUUGAUUGUCCAAGGAUUAUCUGUACAAAUUUACUGUUUUAAAUCUAUUUUAGACGAAAGUUGGGAAUUAAAACACAUUUUCUUUCUUGACGGAACUGAAAGUGUUUCAUCUAGCGAGGCGGUUAGUCUUAUGUCCGUUAGAUCGAAAUAUGCUUUUAUUCAUGAUGCUCCAAUUGUUUUAGGCAGCAUAUUCAUUGGUUACACCUCAGAGGACCCUAACGUCUUACACAUUUGGAAUGUUCAGGAAGGAAAAAAGUUAAGGACAGUUGAGUGCAAGAUUACAUCGGCUCCGUAUAACAAGAUAUGGGCCAUUGUUAAAUCUGAUAAACCAACUUUAGACAUUGUAGUGAUUGUCAGGAAUUGUUUCAAUUCUAAAGACACGUUUCACAUUUACAUCUACAGUUUGAAACGUUUGGAUUUCCUCCCUUUCCACGAAACACAUGAUAUACCUGACUAUUUUACACGUCAUAUGAAAUGUGUGUUACAAGGGAGAUUUCUUGCUGUUACUGUCAAUGGUCCACUCUUCAUAUAUAACUACCUGACGUCACAGCUAGUACAUACGAUAUCAACUACGACCAGCUGUGAUGUCUUUGCUGUCAACAAUCACAUUUUGUUCUCUGAACAACAAAUGUUUUACAAGAUUUUCAAUACAAAUACUUUAGAACUUAAAAAUAUAACGGUGACCAACAAUACAGAAGUUCCUACAAUAUAUGAUUUUGGAGAAAUUUUAUUCGGGAAGUUUUUUUACACAUUAGAUCGUCCCAGGAAUGAACAAGUAUGGGUAAUUGGAGAUAACCCAAUGUCAGAAAAAGUGACAUGGUUAGGAUGUUUAAAAUAUGACAAACACAGUAAAAUUAACAAAUCAAAUACAAAAUUAAUUGUUGUACCAUCAUUCCAUGAAAAUUAUUUUAUAUAUGAAAAUUUUUGGUAAUGUUUAAAAAAACUAUUAAUGCACAGUGUUAUUGUUAUAUGUUAAUGGUACAGUUCAGUGUACGAGAAUAUUUUACCUUCAUAGUGCGUGUUGGUUCAUAGUAUUAAGAUUAUAUAAUAUAUCAUACUUGAUGUUGUCUGAACAGUAUUCCUAAAUUUUAACUUUUACUGUCUUUCAGUACAUAAGACUACAGAAUAAACCAAGUUAUAAUUUUUAAUUAAGUAAGACAUGUUCAUUCACUUGGCCAAGACUUCAUAAAUAUAGAGAACAAGUAGUUGUCAGG